AGACAGGCCCAGAGAGAAGGAAUUGCCCGAGUUUACACCAAGCUCCACAUCAGGACUUCCACCUCCCACUCCAGGGUGUCCUCUUGCCUCCCUCCUCAGAGGUGCCCCUAAACUGAGCCCAUGGCCACCAGCUCCAAGGUGUUUAAGAAGACCUGCUCCAAUGGGAAGCUUUCCGUCUACCUGGGAAAACGGGACUUUGUGGACCAUAUAGAUUCAGUGGAACCCAUUGAUGGUGUUGUCCUGAUUGACCCUGAGAACGUGAAAGAUCGAAAAGUGUUUGUGGUGCUGACUUGUGCCUUCCGUUACGGCCGGGAUGAUCUGGAUGUGAUCGGUCUGACCUUCCGGAAAGACCUCCAUACGCAGGCCCUCCAAGUGUUCCCCAAAGAGCCCUCCCAAGCCCCAGUGCCCCUCACAAACCUUCAAGAAUGCCUGCUGCACAAGCUCGGUGACAAUGCCUAUCCCUUCACCUUCCAGCUGCCCACCAAUCUGCCCUGUUCAGUGACCCUGCAGCCUGCACCCGAGGACGCGGAUAAGGCCUGUGGAGUGGACUAUGAAGUGAAGAGUUUCUAUGCUGAGAAUGUAGAGGAGAAAAUCUCCAAGAGGAACUCCGUGCGUCUAAUCAUUCGGAAGGUGCAGUUUGCCCCCCUGGACCUGGGCCCCAUGCCCCGGGCUGAGACCACUCGGCACUUCCUUCUGUCUGACCACCCUCUGAAGCUAGAAGCUUGGAUGGACAAGGAGGUUCACUACCACGGGGAACCGAUCUCCAUCCAUGUCGACAUCAACAAUGGCACCAGCAAGCUCAUCAAGAAAAUCAAGGUGUCGGUUGACCAGAUCGUGGAUGUUGUCCUGUACUCUGGGGACAAGUACACCAAAACCGUGUUCUCUGAAGAGUUUGGCGAGACUGUGGCUGCUAACUCUACCUUUUCCAAGAGCUUCACGGCGACCCCCACCCUGGCCGCCAACCGUCAGAAACAGGGCCUGGCCUUGGAUGGCAAACUUAAGCAUGAAGACACCAAUCUGGCCUCGAGUACCAUUCUUCAACCUGGCACGGACAAAGAGGCUCUGGGGAUCCUAGUGUCCUACCAAGUCAGGAUCAACAUCGUGGUAUCUCGCGGAGGCAUCCUAGGAGAUCUGACAUCCAGUGACAUGAGUGUGGUGCUGCCCUUGAGCCUGAUGCAUCCCAAGCCAUCUUACGGUGAUGAGGACAUCAUCAUCGAGGAGUUUGCUCAGAGAUGGCCAAAGGGCCAGGGGGGAGAUGAGCCUGAGGAGGAGGCCCCCAACCCUGAGGACAACUAAGGAAGCCCAUGGAGCCUGGGCCCUGCGAUGUCUCCCCGUGAGACGAAUUGAACGUGGCCCCAAAUAAAGUAGACUGACUUGCA